AUGGCGCGGCUGGGCUGUCGCUUCGUUUCGCGCUUCGGCCUCGCCAGCCUUCCUGUGCCGGCCGCUUCCCUGUCCCGGACUCUUCGGCCGCCCGAGCCUCCGCCCUGGCCGGCGCUGAGACCCCCCGUGUGCCAGUUCUCUGCCAAGGCAAACUCCAAAGCUGCUAUUUCUGCCCUCGUCUCGAAAGCCAAAUACAUAAAUGAGAAAUAUGAAAGGUAUUUGGAAAGGACAUUUCCACGUUUCUACCUGCUAUAUUCAACCUUUCUCAAAGGGAUUCGGGUAUUCUACGCAGAGGUAAAAGAAAUAAGAAGAAUAAAGACCAACAUGUCACAUAAAAAUAUCCAGUUUUAUCAGCUUCCAUACAGGGAGAUGGAGAGACUAAGACAGUUCCGCAGAGAUCUGAUCAAGGCCAUUCCCAUUGGGAUUCUCGCGCUUCCACCCUUUGCUAACUACUUGGUUCUUUUGCUCAUGUAUCUGUUCCCAAGACAACUCCUGAUACGCCACUUUUGGACUCCUAAGCAGCAAGUUGAGUUUCUGGAGGCAUUUCACAGUACAAGGAAGGAGGCUUAUUCCGAAGUGGUCGAUGAUCUAAUGCGCCUGUCUCAUUUCCUAGCCGACCCAGCACUUCGAAAACGGAUGUUGCAUCUCUGCAGAAAGGUGCAAGAAGGAUCCCAUCCAGAUGUAACAGAACUUAAAGCCGUGAGGACAUUAUUUGAGGGGCAUCCCUUCGGCAUCCAAACGCUCAAUGUUCAGCAAGUGAAAGUUCUAAGUCGCAUUCUGUUCCUGACGCCUCGCUUGCCACCUUCCAUCCUAAGAUAUCGCCUGCGGACCCAUCUCUUAGAACUGCACCACCUGGACCGAGCCAUGCUGAAACUGGGAGUGAGGGAGCUAUCAGAUGAGGAAGCACAAGCGGCUUGUUAUACACGGGGCUUGAAUUCUGUCCGUUUCAGCCCACUACACUGCAGGUUGUGGCUGGACCAGUGGCUGGAGCUCUCUUGCUCACUGAAAGACACUGAAGCAUCGCUCUUGGCCCAUGGCAUGGUCUUACUUUCCACCAACUACCUCUCUCCUUCCAAGGGCUGACCAAUGCGCAGUUCUCUCUAGGACACUUCUGAAGAGAUGCUGUGACAGUGACUCUUGGGCUACGGG